CCGCCGCCGCUGCAGCCGCCGCUCGGGCUGCGGCUCAUCCCGGGUCUCGUCCGCCGUCCCGGCCGCGGCGCGAAGGGCACCCUGAGUGUGACUGCACGACCGGCCGCGGCGCGAGGAGCCCUUCUUCUGCCUCCCUGCGGCCCGCGCGGUGGACGGUGUAGGGACAGAGUGUGGCCGCCGCGCCCCUUCCCCGCUCCCGGGCGGUCGCUCCGGCCCUUCCGGGCGGCGCCGCAGCCUCAGCCCGCUCCACACGCAGAUGUGGGAAGACAAAUGAAGGGGUUUAGAUGCCAAAUAAAUGUCAGUGGGAAGGAGAGCUACCAACACUAAGGGUUGAACACGAGUAAACUCAUUUUUCAGAGUUAAAGAAUUAUUUAAAAAAAACAAGAUGGGGACGCCUGGUUCCGGAAGGAAAAGAACACCCGUAAAAGAUCGAUUUUCUGCCGAAGACGAAGCUUUGAGUAACAUCGCUAGAGAGGCAGAAGCAAGGCUAGCAGCAAAGCGGGCCGCCCGGGCAGAAGCAAGAGACAUCCGCAUGAGGGAACUGGAACGGCAGCAAAGAGAGGGAGUUGAGGAUACAUUGUCUCUUCGAAGCCUUGGCAGUCACAGGAGUUCAUCGAAGGAUAUUACUGGGACACACUGGAGCAGAGCCAGUACACCCAAAAGGAGAGACAUGAUGUUGGAUGAAAAAUCGGACAAACAGUAUGCUGAAAAUUACACAAGACCUUCUUCUCGAAAUUCUGCCUCAGCAACGACACCUCUAAGCGGGAACUCAUCCAGACGGGGCAGCGGGGACACCAGCAGCUUAAUAGACCCAGAUACCUCAUUGAGUGAACUUCGGGACAUCUAUGACCUGAAGGACCAGAUACAUGAUGUAGAAGGGAGAUACAUGCAGGGGCUUAAGGAACUGAAGGAAUCUUUGUCUGAAGUAGAAGAGAAAUAUAAGAAGGCCAUGGUGUCCAAUGCCCAGCUGGACAACGAGAAGAACAACCUGAUCUACCAGGUGGACACCCUCAAGGACGUUAUUGAAGAGCAGGAGGAGCAGAUGGCAGAGGUGUACAGAGAAAACGAAGAGAAAUCAAAGGAGUUAGAAAGGCAGAAACAUAUGUGCAGUGUGCUGCAGCAUAAAAUGGAUGAACUCAAAGAAGGCCUUCGGCAGAGAGACGAACUCAUUGAGGAGAAUCAGCGCCUCCAGCAGAAAAUAGACACCAUGACAAAAGAGGUGUUUGACCUCCAAGAGACCCUGCUUUGGAAAGAUAAAACAAUUGGGGCCCUAGAGAAACAGAAGGAACACAUUACCUGCCUCAGGAAUGAGCGAGAUGUGCUCAGAGGGGAGCUGGCUGACCUGCAGGAGACAGUGAGGACGGCAGAGAAACAUGGCUUAGUUAUAAUCCCAGACAGCACUCCCAAUGGUGAUGUCAAUCAUGAUGAACCUGUUGUGGUUGGAGCCAUUACUGCUGUGUCUCAGGAAGCUGCUCAGGUCUUGGAGUCAGCAGGAGAAGGGCCACUGGAUGUGAGGCUACGGAAACUUGCUGGAGAAAAGGAGGAGCUCCUGUCACAGAUUAGAAAGCUAAAGCUGCAGUUAGAAGAGGAACGGCAGAAGUGUUCCAGGAAUGAUGGCACAUCUGGGGACCUGGCAGGACUGCAGAAUGGCUCAGAUUUGCAGUUCAUCGAGAUGCAGAGAGAUGCCAAUAGACAAAUUAGUGAAUACAAAUUCAAGCUUUCCAAAGCAGAACAAGACAUAACCACCUUGGAACAAAGUAUCAGCCGGCUUGAGGGGCAGGUGCUGAGGUACAAAACUGCUGCUGAGAAUGCUGAGAAAAUUGAAGAUGAGCUGAAAGCAGAGAAGAGGAAGCUCCAGCGAGAGCUACGGACAGCCCUGGACAAGAUCGAGGAGAUGGAGAUGACCAACAGCCACCUGGCGAAGCGUCUAGAGAAGAUGAAGGCCAACAGGACGGCCCUUCUAGCCCAGCAGUAGGCCUGGGUGCUGCUCCGAGGGCUUUGCCCGGAGACACUGACUCUUUUGUAUAUUGACACAAGCCCUUCUAGUACUGUCUGAGUCUCGUCAUUAAACAGCCACCUUUGUAUUUUAUAA